AUGGCUUCAGAACCUGGGAGUGCAAAACAAGCUAGAAGUCCCUUCACAAAGGGGAAGCGGCAGCAGUACCAGCAAAUAAAGAACAGAUCUUCAGUUAGUGAUGGUGAUGGAGAUGACUCCUUUAUCUUUGAAGCAAAUGAAGCUUGGAAGGAUUUUCAUGGUUCUCUGCUUCGAUUUUAUGAAAAUGGAGAACUCUGUGAUGUCACACUGAAGGUUGGCUCAAAGCUAAUCUCUUGUCACAAGCUGGUUUUGGCUUGUGUUAUUCCCUACUUCAGAGCCAUGUUUCUCUCUGAAAUGGCUGAAGCCAAGCAAACACUGAUUGAGAUCAGAGAUUUUGAUGGUGAUGCAAUAGAAGACUUGGUGAAGUUUGUCUAUUCUUCCCGGCUUACUUUGACUGUUGACAACGUUCAGCCUCUCUUAUAUGCAGCCUGUAUUCUGCAGGUUGAACUAGUAGCUAGAGCUUGUUGCGAAUACAUGAAGUUACACUUUCAUCCCUCUAAUUGCCUGGCAGUAAGAGCCUUUGCAGAAAGUCACAAUCGAAUAGACUUAAUGGACAUGGCAGAUCAGUAUGCCUGUGAGCAUUUUACCGAAGUAGUGGAGUGUGAAGACUUUGUAAGUGUGUCACCCCAGCACCUCCAUAAGCUUUUGUCUUCCAGUGAUUUAAAUAUUGAGAAUGAAAAGCAGGUCUAUAGUGCUGCCAUAAAGUGGCUUCUUGCUAAUCCCCAGCAUCAUUCCAAAUGGUUGGAUGAAACACUUGCACAGGUUCGUCUGCCAUUGUUGCCAGUUGACUUUCUUAUGGGUGUUGUGGCAAAAGAACAGAUUGUCAAACAAAAUCUAAAAUGUAGAGAUUUAUUGGAUGAAGCAAGAAAUUAUCACCUUCACUUGAGUAGCAGAGCAGUACCUGACUUUGAAUAUUCCAUCCGGACUACACCAAGAAAGCAUACUGCUGGUGUGCUGUUUUGUGUAGGUGGUCGAGGUGGAUCUGGUGACCCCUUUCGCAGUAUUGAAUGCUAUUCUAUCAACAGAAACAGUUGGUUCUUUGGACCAGAAAUGAAUAGCCGAAGGCGCCAUGUGGGUGUAAUCGCUGUGGAAGGUAAAGUGUAUGCCGUGGGUGGCCAUGAUGGAAAUGAACAUUUAGGUAGCAUGGAGAUGUUCGAUCCUCUCACUAAUAAGUGGAUGAUGAAGGCAUCAAUGAACACAAAGAGGCGAGGAAUUGCCUUGGCCUCCUUAGGGGGCCCAAUUUAUGCAAUUGGAGGAUUAGAUGACAACACUUGCUUCAAUGAUGUGGAGAGAUAUGACAUAGAAUCUGAUCAGUGGAGUACAGUGGCGCCAAUGACUACUCCCCGUGGAGGAGUUGGCUCUGUGGCUCUGCUAAAUCAUGUUUAUGCAGUUGGUGGCAAUGAUGGAGUGGCUUCUUUAUCAAGUGUGGAGAGGUAUGAUCCACAUCUGGAUAAGUGGAUAGAGGUUAAAGAAAUGGGUCAGCGAAGAGCAGGCAAUGGAGUUAGCGAGCUCCAUGGCUGCUUAUACGUUGUUGGUGGUUUUGAUGAUAAUUCUCCUCUGAGUUCAGUUGAACGGUAUGACCCUCGGAGCAACAAGUGGGAUUAUGUAGCAGCACUUACCACUCCCAGGGGUGGAGUGGGGAUCGCAACAGUGAUGGGAAGAAUCUUUGCGGUUGGUGGUCAUAAUGGCAAUGCAUACCUAAACACAGUGGAAGCAUUUGAUCCAGUGCUGAACAGGUGGGAGCUUGUUGGAUCUGUGUCCCAUUGCAGAGCGGGAGCAGGUGUAGCUGUGUGUCCCUGUUUAACCAGCCAGAUUCGAGAUCUCAAUCCUCUUGUGGAAAGGAAAGAAUUUGAAGAUGAACAAGUCGAUCACAAUUUUUUUUUAAAACGGCAAUUAAUCCUUAUAACAGAACAACAAACAAAAGAUCUGUGGCACAUUAUCUUUGGAAAGAUCUUCUGCAAAUUUUUCUUCUAA